GUUUUUUGUGAAAAUAAACUGAGAAAGAGGCAAAGAGCCCUGCCGCUGGCUCGACUGCGGCCGUCCCGCGGGAAGCCAAAAUCACCGAAACGAAAAAAUUCUUGAAACCGCCGACCGCGGGAAACAUUUUGCGCGCCGCGCCCAGCUCCCUUCACAAAUAAUCCCUUCCCGGUUCACCUCUUCCUCUCCCCCAAAUCUCCAAAUCUCCGGUCGUCUCCAGUUCCCACCUCGCGCCCCAAAUCCGUAUCCACCGCCACCGCCACCGCCCACCACCCCGCCGCCAACGCUGACGCCGCCUCCUCCGGCUGCACCCGUCACGCCAGGUGCUUGGACUUCGGGAAUCUGCAGGUUCAGUAGAGUAGACAAGUGUUUGAGCAAGGACUGGAUAGAGGAAUGCGCUGCUUGUUCCUAGAGUAGCACCCGCAAGAUCCAAGUCUUCCCGCGAUGGAAAGCGGCGCCAUGGUACUCGGUGUUGUUCGUCCCGAGGAGUCCCCUGACCGCAACGGCGGUGGGCCACGGGACGAUUUGGGCCCAUCGCAGAUGCAGGUCGAUGGUCCCGUUGUUCUCAACCAAUCCGCUGAGCUCGUCUCGGAUGAUUCGAUGGCCGUCGAUGACGUCCCAGUUCAACAACCAUCAGGCCAGCCGGUGGAGGCAACACAACAGUCUCCUGCGACGCUGAUUGAUACUAUCAUGGAGGUGCAGAAGCAGCUGAAGCGGAAGAGGGCUUCUAAUAGCCCAGUGAUUGAUGCCGCCGAUAAGGACGCUCUUGUUGCUGGGUGCCGGCAGGAGCUCGAGGGGCUCUUCCAGUAUUACAAGGAGGUUUCUGACCGCAAGAUGCAGCUUGACGGCGGGAACCUGUCCUUCAACGGGAUGGUUGGCUGUUUGCUUGAGGAGAGCAGUCUCGGGCUGACUAGGUUGGUGGACGAAAUAUAUCAACAGCUGAAGGGAUUGGAGGGUGUGUCUGUGGCUUCAGUCCGCAGCUCUGUGCUGCUCGCUGGCCAGAGGAUGAUGUACGGGAAUUCUUCACUGGACGCUGAUGUGUUAGAAGAUGAAUCGGAGUCGGCUCUUUGGUGCUGGGAGAUAAGAGAUCUGCGAUUGUUGCCUGUGAAAGUACGCAGCAUUCUGAGUACACGGAGAUCUGUCAGAAAGAAAAUCCAUGAGAGAAUCACUGCCAUAUAUUCGACUUUGUCGGUUCUUGAAAAUUCAGGAGCUUACAUCCAAGUAAAUGAUCUAAAAAAAGCAUCAUUGAAAUUAAACAAAUCACUGAACCUGGAAGGGAUCAGAUCAAUGGUGGAAAGAGCGACACAAAAGAACACAGAACGGGGUGUGAAAGAUGCUGUAUCAGCAGUUAAGGAAUUGAUGCAAGAGACAGAUAAAAAUGACCAAAAUGUUAGAAGGCUUGAGGAUACUAGUGUCUCUGAGCCGCAGAAUGGGAACUCACUUGGUAAUGAGAAAGAGAUUCAGAAAGCACAAAAACAAGUGGAGAAGGAAAUAAAGCGCCAGGAGAAAGAAGAAGCUCAGAUGAGAAAACUUCAAAAGAAACAGCAAGAAGAGGCCCUAAGAGAACAGAAGAGACAUGAAAAGGAGGAGGCUGAAGCCAAGAAGCAACAAAAGAAGCAGGAAGAUGAAGCUCUGAAAGAACAGAAGAGACGUGAAAAGGAGGAGGCUGAAGCUAAGAAACAACAAAAGAAGCAGGAAGAGGAAGUUCUGAAAGAACAGAAGCGUCGUGAAAAGGAAGAAGCUGAAAUGAAGAAACAACAGAAAAAACAGCAAGAUGAAGCUGAGAAAGAACAGAAGCGCCUUGAGAAGGAAGCUGCACAACUCAAGAAGCAACUGGUCAUUCAAAAACAAGCUUCUAUGAUGGAACGCUUUUUCAAAAGUAAGAAAGACAAUGGAAAACAUCAAAAACCUGGAGAGAACAACUCAGCUGAAGAUCCAUGCAAUGACAACAAAGAGACAAUACCAGCAACCACAUCAAAAAUUGAUUCUUCAUUGUAUCAACAAGAGGGAUGGGUUUUAGAUGAUCUUCGGAGGUUGCAGGUCACUGGUUGGAAGAAGCUAUCUAGCUACAAUAGGUCCUCCAGAUGGGGUACAAGAUGCAAGCCCAAGAUGGAGGCAUUUAAAGAGCUGAAGCUUCAGAAAUCCUCAGAUGAUAUGGUUGAUGAAAUACUUUCCACUCCAAAUGAAGAUGGUGGCCGCAAUCCAAUUCAGGAGAACGAACAUGAUAAGCUUGAAAGUGAUAUUGACAUGAUACAGGCUAGUGAAAUGCAAUGCCAUGGUGCUAGUAACCCUAAACCUCUGCAAACGAGAUUAAUUAGAAUGAAGCUUCUGCAAUUUGACAAAAGUAACAGGCCAGCAUAUUAUGGAUCCUGGAGGAAGAAAAGUGCUGCUAUUAGUCCAAGGUGUCCAUUUAAGAUGGAUCCUGAUCUUGACUACGAGGUUGAUAGUGAUGAUGAAUGGGAAGAGGAGGAUCCUGGUGAGAGUCUUUCUGACUGUGAGAAGGAUAAUGAUGAAUUUAUGGAGGAAGAUUCCAAAAUUACAGAUGAAGAGGAUGAAGAUAGCUUUGUUGUGCCUGAUGGCUAUCUCUCAGACAACGAGGGGAUACAAAUUGAAAGCCUAUUGGACGAUAAAGAAGAGGAGGCCAAUAGCUCCCCAAAUGGUCAGUGUACAGAAGUUGAAGAGUUCAGGUCUCUGCUCCGCCAACAAAGAGUCCUGAACACUUUGACUGAGCAAGCUCUCCGGAAGAGCCAACCUCUUAUUAUAUGCAACCUAAAUCACGAAAAAGCUGAAUUACUGACUGCUGAAGACCUCAAGGGAACGGAAAAGAUUGAGCAGCUAUGCUUGCAAGUUCUUUCAAUGCGCAUCUGUCCAGGAGGUGCAAUUGUUGAUGUGCCUCUAACUGACAGCUCAUCUGCAACUGUUGAGGAAAUUAACCAACCCAAUGUGAAGAAUGGCUCUCCUGAGGCUGCAUCUGCUAUACCAGAAACAGACCUGCCAGAAUUUGUACAGGUGAUAAGAUCAUGUCGAGAUGGUAUCCACAAGGUGGUGGAAUUACUGCAGCACAAGUUUCCAAAUGUUCCAAAGACUCAACUGAAUCGUAAAGUGAGGGAGAUAUCUGACUUCAUUGACAAUCAUUGGAAGGUAAAGAAAGAGAUUCUUGACAAGCUAGGGUUGGAUUCGUCACCAGUGAAACCCAAGAAGAAUAAAAGCAUAGCUAUGUACUUCUCGAAGAGAUGUUUACCUCCGGAAGAGGCUGUCAAUGCUCUGGCUGCUUCUCCUGAGUUGCGGUUGAAAUCUAGAAAUGGUGGCCGCGAAGCUCCCCAGAUCAAUCUGUUCCCCUCAGAGCAGUAAAGUUUCUAAUAAAGGUCCCCUGAAAGUUGGAUUAGGGGUCAAUGAAGCUACGAACCCAGAUGAGCAGAAAGCUCAGCUAUCCAUGUAAAGGCUAGGAAGUGCAACUCGGUUUUGCAUCGUCACCAAUGGAAGAUGGUCUUAGUGCAACAUGGGUUUUUGUCAACAUCUGGAUUAUGUUUUCAGUGCUGGACAUGUAAUUUUAGCCUGAAAGUAGGUUUUUAUUCAAUUAUUUGGCCUUGAUGUGAUUAACAUGUAUGUGUCCUGUUGUUAGCGCAAGGAAUUGCUACAAAGUUGGCCAUCUGCCGCUUGUGUGUUGUUAACAUUAUUCUGAUUCUGGCAAGGCAAAUAAGCAAACAUGUCUUGUGACUGCUCAAUUGACAGCUUUGGGCAGAAAUUAA